CACUGAUAAUCUUUUAACUUGUAGAGCUAAAGAGUUGCUAAAUCCCAAUAAGAAUGGAAGAAAAUACGCAAAACAAGAGUUCCAUUAAGGCAACACAAAAACCUGUGAUUACCGGUACACAUGAAGAAGGCAUUCAUCAGCCUAGUGCUGGUUGCUGUUCUGGUGCAGCUGGCUGAUGCUCUGCGAACUCAACACAGUGAUGGUUUGAAAUCGCUGCCACCCUCAGACUCCAUCAUGGGCAUCUAUAAUCAAGCAGCCGUCACCACCAAUGGGUAUCUAUGUGCAGGUAUUGGAAGUGAUAUAUUGCAGAAGGGAGGCAAUGCUGUUGAGGCUGCAAUAGCUGCACUCUUCUGCGAGGGAGUGAUCUUUCUGCAGAGCAUGGGUAUAGGGGGCGGUUUCCUCAUGACAAUUUACUCUCGGGAGAACCAGACUGCAGUGACAUUAAACGCACGUGAAACAGCACCUGCAAAUUCCUCUGCAGACAUGUUCCAUGGAAAUUCUACACUUUCUCAAUAUGGUGGGAUGGCUGCUGCUGUGCCUGGUGAGCUGAAAGGUUACUGGGAAGCAUUUAAUACCUAUAAAAGUGGGAAUGUGACCUGGAGCGAUCUUGUGUAUCCAUCAGUUAAAAUCUGUCAGGAAGGCUUUGAGGUUAAUUCCAACUUAGCAGAACUUCUUAAGUCAAAUGAGGACAACAUUAAAAAAAGUGAGACACUCAGUGAACUUUUGAUCAAUCCUGAAACUGGAAGUGUGUGGCAGCUGGGUGACAUACUGAAGCGACCUACUUUAGGUGAAACAUUAAUUCAGAUUGCUGAAAAUGGUAUAGAUAUUUUCUAUAAUGGUUCUCUUGGUGAGAAAUUUAUUAAAGACGUCACAGAUCUUGGAGGAAUCAUGACAAUGGAUGACCUAAGGAAUUAUGAGAUUCAUUGGGAGCCUCCUGUUUCUGCUAAGUUGAGUGGCAAUGUUACAUUGUAUACAAUGCCUCUACCUGGAUCAGGACCUGUGCUUGCAUUUAUACUGAAUAUCUUGGAUGGUUAUAUACCUGCUUCUGAUGAAAUAACAACAUAUCAGCGUAUCACAGAAGCUUUCAAAUAUGGGUAUGGCAGAAGGACAGAAUUAGGUGAUCCUUAUUUUAAUGAAGAUGUUUUGGAGAUUGUCAAAAACUUAACAUCAAGAAGUUAUGCUGAAAGUAUACGUGCUCAAAUAAGCGAUUCUGUAACAUACAAUGACCCAGAACAUUAUGGAGCUGUGCUAAGUCAGCCUGAUGAUCAUGGGACAGCACAUAUUUCAGUGAUUGCACCUAAUGGGGAUGCUGUCUCUGUCACAAGUACCAUCAAUUUAUUCUUUGGUGCAAUGGUUGUAUCAAAAUCUACAGGUAUCAUUCUUAAUGAUGAAAUGGAUGAUUUCUCUGCACCAAACAUUACCAGUGCAGCUGGAAUUCCUCCAUCACCAGCAAAUUUUAUUCAGCCAGGGAAAAGACCACUUUCAUCUAUGUCUCCUUCAAUUUUUGUCAAUGGAAGUGGAGAUGUACAACUCGUUACUGGAGCUGCUGGUGGACCUAAAAUUAUAUCAGCAACAACACUGGUAUCUAUAUAUAGCCUGUGGUUCAACAAAACUAUAAAGGAAGCUAUUGACCAUAGCCGAAUUCAUCAUCAGCUAUUCCCUAUGACACUUUUAUAUGAAGAAGGGUUUGAGGAGAAUGUCAUCGAAGGCCUCAGCAAAAUUGGCCACAGUGUGCAAGAAUUUCCUCUUGGUGGGACAUCAGUGAAUGGAAUUGGAGUGUCUUCAAGAGUGACUGGAAUUGCCGUGUCUGGAGGGAAAAUUUAUGCAAAUUCAGACUUCAGGGUUAAUGGAGUAGUUGCCGGUUUUUAAGACUGUAAACCAACACUGUGGAAAGAUUAGGAUGUUAAAAUAUGUUAGGUCAUAUCUAAAUUUACCAUCUUGUUUUUGUACCUCUUAGGCUUCCUGGAUAUUCUUCUUUAAUCUUCCUCCUGUAAUAUUGAAUGCAGU